UAUGAUAGAUCUCUAAUUAAUAACCUGUGUCAAAAAUGUGGCAGUUACAACUUUUAUUCUCCAGUGGUUAUACUUUAUAUUUUAUAACUUGACCUCAUAACCUACUAGGUCAACAUUCACACCCACUAACUGCUAGCCCAAGUGGCUAUACACUGACACUCGUAUUCUUAUAAGAUGUAGAUCCACACGGAAUAAUACUUGUGGAGUGAAAGGAAGCAGUGUGUUACCACUGAUGGGCUUUUAAUGUAAGACUUCAUCAGCGUUUUCAUUAAAGGCACAUUAUGGACUUGGUCUACUUUCAGUUUAGUCAAUAAUUUCACCACAAUGUGAAGUAUAGUUUCAUCUGGUCUUAAUAUUAUCCUGCCAACAAUUAUUUAAUUUAUCCCUAGUUAUGCUGUAAAUAAGUGAAGGAUGACAACACAGCACUUUGUAUAAAACGGCUUAGAACGUGUUCCUUGAUGAUGACAGAUGAUGGAACAGUUGAACUGUGAACAAGAGUUGUUUGACCGGGUAUUAAACCGAGACUAGAGCCAUGCUGGAACUGCAGUGAGGAACACAUUCCUGUUCUGUUUCUGAACCUUUCUCUGUUCCAUUACAUGAUGCUGGGAGAAGUGUCACAAGAAAAGUGCACAGUCCUUUUGCCCAAAAACUGCUUUCUUUUGUCAGGUGAUUAGAACUUUAUCAUAGCAACAACUUUGACCCACACUGCAAAAUAACAAAAAAUAAAAUAAAAAAUCACCAUCAUCAAAUGACAGAAACAGCAAAUAUAAUAUUGAAAGAGAGAUGAGGACAUUUCCUUUGGCACCCUGGUGCGAUGGGCUGAGGACAAAACGCGCUCAUUCUAAAAUAACAAGACAAAACCAGGAGACAAAAUGGCAUCAGACUCUCCACGCAGACCGAGCCGCUGUGCUGGAGGAGUUUUGGUGCGAGCACAGGCUGCGACGGAGCAGUCAUACAUGGAGAGUGUGGUGACCUUCCUGCAGGAUGUCGUCCCACAGGCAUACACUGGGGCUCCACUGACUGAUGAGAAAGAGAAAAUAAUUUGGGUUCGGUUUGAAAAGGCUGACAUCAAUGACACUUCCCGGAACCCUGAGUUGAUGGAGAUGCACAGCGGUACAACUGACCCUCCCCUCUGUCUCAUGAUUGGCUACACUGAUGGGAUGCAGAUCUGGAGUGUGUCUUUGGCCGGUGAAGCUCAAGAACUUUUCUCAGUGCGUCAUGGUCCAGUGAGAGCUGCUCGCAUUCUUCCGGCACCACAUAUAAGUCCUCUGAAGCCUGACAGUUUCUCUGAAAAGAGGCCCCUACUGGGGGUCUGCAAGAGCACAGGGUCCUCUGGGACCAGCCCUCCCUACAGCUGUGUCGACCUGUAUUCUUUACGGACGGGUGAAAUGGUUAAAUCGAUUCAGUUCAAGACACCGAUCUACGAUCUGCACUGCAACAAACAUAUCCUGGUUAUAAGUCUGCAGGAGAAGAUCGCCGCAUUUGACAGCUGCACUUUCACCAAAAAAUUCUUUGUCACAAGCUGCUAUCCUUGCCCCGGCCCCAGCCUCAAUCCAAUAUCUCUGGGCAGCCGCUGGCUGGCCUACGCAGAGAACAAGCUAAUAAGAUGCCAUCAGUCUCGCGGCGGCGCUUGUGGAGAUAAUGCACAGUCUUACACGGCGACAGUCAUCAACGCUGCCAAAACUUUAAAGACAGGUCUGACCAUGGUGGGUAAAGUCGUCACCCAGUUGGCGGGCACGCUGCCAGCAGUCACUCCAGACGAGGAGAGCGCGGCUCACAGCACGAGCCGCCGCAGCCCGCACAACCCCGGCGUGGUCACCAUCAUUGACACCCACACGGUUGGGGAAGGACAGGUCCUGGUGAGUGAGGACUCGGACGGAGAAGGAGUUGUGGCUCACUUCCCAGCUCAUGACAAACCCAUUUCCUGCAUGCAAUUCAACCCGAGUGGUAUGCUGCUGGUCACUGCUGACACGCUGGGCCACGAUUUUCACGUCUUCCAGAUCCUCACUCAUCCGUGGGCGUCGUCACAGAGUGCUGUUCACCACCUGUACACACUGCACCGUGGAGAAACCGAGGCCAAGGUCCAGGACAUGUGUUUCAGCCAAGAUAGUCGUUGGGUAGCAAUCAGCACCCUUCGUGGCACCACCCAUGUCUUUCCCAUCAACCCCUACGGCGGUGCACCGUGUGCCCGCACACACAUGUCCCCGAGGGUUGUCAACAGGAUGUCUCGCUUCCAGAAGAGUGCCGGUCUGGAGGAGAUUGAACAGGACCUGAACAGGGUGGCUGUGCUAGGAGGAGCAGGAGGGGGAGGCCUUGGAGGAGGCAGUUGCAUUCUGGGUGGAGGAGGCAUCGGUGGCCGCUGUAGUCCCAUACCAGGCCUGUCCAGCAGCCCCUCUGGAUCUCCACUGCAUGCCAAACUGAACAACCAGGACUCCUACAACAACUUCACCAACAACAACAUGGGGAACCCUCGUCUGUCCCCGCUGCCCAGUCUGACCGUGGUGCUGCCUCUGGCCCAGAUCAAACAGCCCAUGACCUUAGGAACCAUCACUAAACGCACCGGACCCUACCUCUUUGGGGCAGGAUGUUUUGCCAUUAAAACUCCAUGCAAAGCUAAGCCGCCCCCUCAGAUCUCCCCGAGCAAAUCCAGUGGAGGAGAGUUUUGUGUGGCCACCAUCUUCGCUUCGUCCCGCUCCUGGCUCAUCACCAACCCCAACAUGAAACGGGAGAAAGAUCAGUCCAGGCAGUCAGUGGUGGAUUCCUUGUACAUCAUUAGUUGCUACGGUAAUCUGGUGGAGCACGUUUUAGAGCCUCGGCCAAUCAGCACAGCUCAGAAGAUCAGCGAUGAUACACCUCUGGAGCUCAGCACGUGUCCAAGAGCCUGCUGGACUCUGGCCAGGACUCCACAGUGGAAUGAGCUUCAGCCUCCGUUUAAUUCAAACCACGGCCUGGUGCUGGCCUCGGACCUGGUGCAGCAGCAUCAGUCUCUUCUGACUGUGAUGCCUCCAGGAAGCCCAGGGCCAAUCACGCGCCACGAGUCCUCAGACAGCCUGGCAUCCAAUCACAGCAGCCAAGAGGAUGAAGAGUGGCUUUCUCAGGUGGAGAUUGUGACCCACACCGGGCCACACCGACGCCUGUGGAUGGGCCCACAGUUUCAGUUCAAGACCAUCCAUCCUUCAGGUCAGACCACAGUCAUCUCCUCCUCUUCCUCAGUGCUCCAGUCCCACGGCCCCACUGACGUCCCACAGCCCCUGUUAGACUUUGACACAGACGACCUUGACCUUCACAGCCUCAGGAUCCAGCCUGUACGUUCAGAGCCCGUCAGCAUGCCGGGGUCAUCGGGACUGGUGUCUGAUCGUCGAGGACAGUCCAACCUCCUGGACACAGGAUCAGGACCGUUUGAUGGGCGCGGGGUGACCCUGCUGGAAGUGUGCGGAAGCUGGCCGGAGAGCUUUGGCGUGCCACGACACAACAUUGGAUCGGCAGAUGCCAGUGAUGAAGGCCUGCGUGAGAGACUGGCCGACGCCAUGUCUGAGUCGCCCUCCAGAGACAUUGUAGGAUCUGCUACAGAGCUGCAGAGGGAGGGCAGCAUCGAGACCCUCAGCAACAGCUCGGGUUCCACCAGUGGCAGCAUACCGAGAAAUUUCGAGGGCUACCGCUCUCCUCUGCCCACCAACGAGAGCCAGCCGCUCAGCCUCUUCCCCACCAAUUUCCCCUGACACCCCAGCACGGCCCACCUGAGCUUCUAUAGACCACCCUCUACAGACUGGUCCUCACAGCAUCUCACUGAUGAACAGUAGCCAAAUCAUGUCUUUCCUCCUCUCAUGUAGCUGGUCACCAAUCAGAUACAGUAUUAACAUUUUAUUUCAUGUCUGCAUUUGUUUUUCCCUCCCUAAUUCAAUCUCCCUUUGGCUGUUGUCGCUCCAAUUCUAGGUAUAUAAAAUCAGCCAUGCUUCGACCAAAAGCAUUCCAAAAAGAGGGGGGGGAAUUGAAUUUGCUCUAAAUUGUCUUCAUGAUCAGCACAAAUGUUUUUGAAUGCUUUAAAAAAAACUAAUUUCUGGGAUGAAUAGCCAGCUAAGUGAGUCUCUACAGCAGGUAAUAAACACAGAUGAAUGUGGUCUGAUAACAGUGUGUAUUCAGCAGCUGUGUUCAGGCUCCUUUUUAAUAGGAGACUAGCAUCAGGCCUGCAAAUGAAUCUGCUCCUGCUGGUGACCUUGUGUUGAGUCAUAAAGCAGCAGAGCCAGCCGUCCUCUCCUCCCUGCAGCUGAUGUCUGCUCCGUCCUGGGCCUGCCAUCACUCUUGGUGUGUGUGCUUUUGAAGUUUAACGGAGUGUCUGUUUUCUGAGCCAGCCGUAAGAAAAGGGAGCAUUCGCCGAAGAAAAAAUGUUUAUUCCAGGCGGCAACGUGUAACGACUCCCUCUCCCUUCCGUGCAUGCUGCUGCUCCCGUGGCCUCCGACUAAUGUUUUAGAUUAAAUAUUUGUUCCUUUCAUGCCUUGAAGAGAGAGAUACGGUAAUGGGGACGACACGAUGACUAAGUGGCUGGAAUAAUUUUCUAUGUUCAGGGUUCGUGUUGACUGAGCGCAGGAACAGCGGCAUGUGUAGCUGUCAUGCUGUGUUUUUGUACAUUAGAAACUUUUUUGCCCCCAGGGUCAUGCCUGUAGUUAUGGAUCUCUAAAGAUGGUGUGUUCUCCAUCAACGCUUGAAUACUUUGAUAAUCACAAAUGGUGGAGUUUCCUGUUGAAUUGUGUCUGAGCAGCGUGUGGUGUGAUGAGAGUUGACAAGCUCUGUUUACAGAGUCAGUUCUACCAUGAUAGCAGUGGUGUCUGAGUUAAAGCUGCAGCAGUUUGUCCAUGGUUUGUGACAAAUUCUAAUGCAUCAACUAUGACUAUUUUUUAUAAUCCAUUUGUUGCAGGGGUUGGUUUCCAAUCUUUUUCUGCAGCACCACCUUUUUUGUAAAUAGCACUAUAAUCAACUUCCUACCUGUCGCUUCAAAACUUCAAAAAACAUUUUUUUAACCAUUGAAAUUCCUACAAACUGCUUCUCUGAUUGAACAUGUGAGAACAAGUGCAGUUUCCCCACUGAGACAAAUUAAGAAAAUAUUCAAAUUAACAUAUAUUUGUCAUGCUAGGUGCCCUCUGCGAUAGCUCAUUAUCCCCGGGGGGGCCUGCCCCACACUUUGGAAACCACUGCAUUUAUUAAGAGUUCUCUUCUGCCAUUUUCUCAAAGCAGAUUUUUUAUAUAUAUAUA